GCUGAGGCCUGGUGCUAGUGACCUAGAGCUGUGGCUGAAACGAUGUUGUCUCUCUAGCACUGGGGCAGUUAAGGACUGCAUAGUGCAGCGGCGGGAAAAAAAAAACCGGGAAGUUCUCUGGGCUGCAGCGAUGAGGAACGUUUUUUGGCCGGAAAGCCGAAGAAGCAGUAGGAAGUGACGUCGCGGCCAAAACAAGCCGAGGCUUGGGGGGGCCUCCCCUGAAUCUGUGGCCGCAGAUGAAAAGGCCCCAUUCGCACUCGCUGUCGGCUGUCGAAGGUGUUCGCCAGGCACUGUGCUCCCACCCGAUCGGCCUCCUGCGCCCGUCCCUGGGACCAGCCCGCAGCGGUUGAGCUCGAGUUUCCGCCCACCGUACCGGAGCCGCGCUGGGACGUUUCGGGCAGAGCUGGCGGGUGGCGACAGAGCGGACAUCCCUCCUUACAACAGUCUCCCUUCCAGCGGGUUCUUGUCCCGGGACGCCGGGACACCUGUCGCGUAUGUUUUAAUGUCCAAAUUUGAAGAAUACACUGGAUACCACUCAUAAAACCGAGGAAAUCAUGAAGAAAUGUUUUAAUUAUUGAGACUACAGUUGAAAUUAUGGCUUCAUCGGCAAAUCUGGAUAUUGGAGCCCAGCUGAUAGUGGAAGAGUGCCCCAGUGGUUACAGUCUCACUGGCAUGCCAGACAUUAAAAUAGAACAUCAGCUGGACUCAAAUGCAGAAGAAGGAUCAGCUCAGGGUGUUGCCAUGGGAAUGAAAUUCAUACUGCCAAACCGAUUUGAUAUGAAUGUGUGUUCUCGGUUUGUGAAGUCCUUAAAUGAAGAGGAUAGUAAAAACAUUCAAGAUCAAGUUAACUCUGACCUGGAGGUGGCAUCUGUCCUAUUUAAAGCUGAAUGCAAUAUCCAUACAUCUCCAUCUCCGGGAAUUCAAGUAAGGCAUGUCUACACUCCCUCUACAACAAAGCACUUCUCACCCAUCAAACAGUCAACUACUUUAACCAACAAACACAGAGGAAAUGAGGUCUCAACCACACCUCUCUUAGCAAAUUCUUUAUCUGUGCACCAACUGGCUGCUCAGGGAGAGAUGCUGUACCUGGCUACUCGUAUCGAACAAGAAAAUGUUAUCAAUCACACGGACGAAGAAGGAUUUACUCCUCUGAUGUGGGCUGCAGCACACGGGCAAAUAGCUGUGGUAGAGUUUCUACUUCAGAAUGGUGCGGAUCCCCAGCUUUUGGGAAAAGGUCGAGAAAGUGCACUGUCAUUGGCCUGUAGUAAGGGCUACACAGAUAUUGUCAAGAUGCUGCUGGAUUGUGGAGUGGAUGUAAAUGAAUACGAUUGGAAUGGAGGGACGCCUUUGCUUUAUGCUGUACAUGGAAAUCAUGUGAAAUGUGUAAAAAUGCUCUUAGAAAAUGGAGCUGACCCAACAAUUGAAACUGACUCUGGAUAUAAUUCUAUGGACUUAGCUGUAGCCUUGGGCUACAGAAGUGUUCAACAGGUUAUUGAGUCACAUUUACUGAAACUGCUUCAGAACAUCAAGGAGUAGACAGAGUCGUCAGAAAGUGUUGUCUGCCCUUCCAUUUACUUCUGGUUCUUAUAAAUGAUAGUUUUGUUUACUUAUAAAUUUUUACCUCAGUUGCAAUAUUUACUGAUUUUUAGUAAGUUUUAAUAAAUAUUCCUCUGAGUAAAUGUUCACUGGUUUAUAAUAAAAUUAAUGUUGAUGCUUUUUUAUAAAUGUUUUACUGCAUAUUUAAAAUUAUAAAUGAAUGUUUUGUGGCAUGUAAAUUUUUAUGGUACAGAUAGUUAUCUGUCUUUGUAUCAAGUGCUGUAAUUUAACAUUUUCAGAAAUUAUUCUACCCUGUUCAUCUUCAUUCUUUUAUUAACUUGUUGACUUUAUAUAUGGUUUGCUAUAAAUCCAUAGGAAAAAAAUUAUUAUUGAAUUUAAAAUGCACAGUGUGAUUGUUUACAAAAUGAUAUAAAUGAAUAAAGUGCUUUUUUUCUGUUA